CCAGAUAGAAGGGCGAGGCAGCCUGGUGAAGGGGCGGGAGGUUUAGACGCCUCCGCUAACUGGACCUGCGACACCAGAGUGGCUUAGGGCCGCUGCCGGUCUGUAGGCAAUGCCUGAGGCUAGGGAAUCCCCUGGAGAGCCCUGAGAGCCACCUGCACCGCCCUGGAAGGAUCGCCAGAAGUUAGCCCCAAGGGUUCAGAGAAGCUCUCUGCGCUACAACUAUGGCCGGUGAAUCUAGAAAUGCUAUGAAUCAAGACAUGGAGAUAGGAAUCACUUCCCAGGACUACAAGAAGAUUCCAAAACAGGCUCGGGAUUACAUCCCCAUUGCCACGGACCGCACUCGCCUGCUGGCAGAAGGCAAGAAGCCACGCCAGCGCUACAUGGAGAAGACCGGCAAGUGUAACGUGCAUCACGGCAACGUUCAGGAAACCUACCGCUACCUAAGUGACCUCUUCACCACCCUGGUGGACCUCAAAUGGCGCUUCAACCUUCUGGUGUUCACCAUGGUCUACACCAUCACCUGGCUAUUCUUUGGCUUCAUUUGGUGGCUCAUUGCUUAUGUCCGAGGUGAUCUGGAUCACGUGGGUGACCAAGAGUGGAUCCCUUGUGUUGAAAACCUUAGUGGCUUUGUGUCUGCUUUCCUGUUCUCCAUUGAGACAGAAACAACCAUUGGGUAUGGCUUCAGAGUCAUCACAGAAAAGUGUCCAGAAGGGAUCAUCCUCCUCCUGGUGCAGGCCAUCCUGGGCUCCAUUGUUAAUGCCUUCAUGGUGGGGUGCAUGUUUGUAAAGAUCAGCCAGCCAAAGAAGAGAGCAGAGACCCUCAUGUUUUCCAACAAUGCUGUCAUCUCCAUGAGGGAUGAGAAGUUGUGCCUCAUGUUCCGGGUAGGGGACCUCCGAAACUCCCAUAUCGUGGAGGCCUCCAUCCGAGCUAAGCUUAUCAAGUCCCGGCAGACCAAAGAAGGGGAAUUCAUCCCCUUGAACCAGACCGACAUUAAUGUGGGCUUUGACACCGGUGACGACCGCCUCUUCCUGGUAUCCCCACUCAUCAUCUCCCAUGAGAUCAAUGAGAAGAGCCCUUUUUGGGAGAUGUCCCGCGCUCAACUGGAACAGGAAGAGUUCGAAGUUGUGGUCAUACUAGAAGGGAUGGUAGAAGCAACAGGCAUGACUUGCCAAGCACGGAGCUCUUACAUGGAUACAGAGGUGCUCUGGGGUCACCGAUUCACACCAGUUCUCACCUUGGAAAAGGGUUUCUAUGAGGUGGACUACAACACUUUCCAUGACACCUAUGAGACCAACACACCCAGCUGCUGCGCCAAAGAGCUGGCAGAAAUGAAGCGGAACGGUCGGCUGCUGCAGUGCCUUCCCAGUCCUCCCUUGCUUGGGGGUUGUGCUGAGGCUGGGAACGAAGCUGAGGCUGAGCAGGAUGAAGAGGAUGAACCCAACGGGCCGAGUGUGUCCCCGGCAACCAGGGGCUCGAUGUGAAGUCUGUGAGCUGCCCAGAGCCUUUUCUUGCCAGACACCAAGGAGCCUGGGAAGCCAGAGAGGCCAAUUAGUUCAGUAAGCUUUGUGGGGCCCCAGGAGUAUGGGAGCUCUACAGAGAGGAACAGUGUGUUGAGGUCUCGCAUCUCCUCCUCAGGGCCUCCGAGCAAGUGGCCUUGCCUAGGCCUCCUGAGAAGGGCUUUCUAGGCCUCUGUGAGUAAGAGCAUUAGUUGCUACCAGAGUGGGGCUCCCAACGAGAGUUCUAGGGUGGUAUCUAUUCUCUCUCUGGUUACUGGAAUCUGAUCACUUUCCUCCCUGGUUCUUGGUCCCCUCAGCACAAUCCCUGAGGCCUGCAGAUCAAGGGAGGUAAUUUUAUCCAUGGAUUCUAGGCCUCCAGCUGGGGAUGAGUACACAGACGCCUUCCGGGGGCAAUGCCUUUUAGUCUGAGGCCAAAAACCCACUGAUUAAUAGCUUCUUAGCAAGGCCUCUUGUUCACCUCUGAUACUACCUAGUGUGUGUUUUCCUCUUCUGUGUCAAGUGGACACUACGGCUUACAGGGUAAUUGAUUUAAUUAGAGUGGCCUUAGGACACCUAGGAGCACACACAAUUUUGUCCUCACUACUGCCUGGCACCCCUAGUCAUACUGUGCCCUGUGCUUCAAAGGAGAGUCCCCAGCAGUUGUACCUUUUGUAGAACUAUUUGCCCCCAGAACUUCAAAGAUCCUGCACAGUGGUCCCGGGGAACAUAUGAAUUUCAGAGAGCCAGAUGAGCUCAUAUGUCCUAACAUAGGGAUGGCAGACAGGAAAGAGACGCAAGGAUAAUUUUAAAAUAAGUAUCUGGAGCCUGGUGUAGUGAGGCAUGCCUGUAAUCCUAGCAUUUGGCAGGCUGAGGCAGAAUUGCAAAUUUGAAGCCAGACUGGGCUAUAUAGCCCUGUCUCAAAAAAGCAAGAGACAAACUAACAACCAAGAAAACAUCUGACACAGUUGUUGCAUGGGGGGGGGGAGGUCCCUUAGAGAAAAAUGGCCUACGAUAUACAAGUGACAAGUGGCCAUUAAGACAUCUUCACUGCCAAGCUGAACGUGGACCAAAGUCUUAGGCUGCCACUGAGAUGCCUCUGGGCAUUUCUUCUAUGGGACAGCUCCAACAUGGUGGUGGGACCUAGAGGGCAGGCCCUGAGAACAGGAUGAGAGUUGGUGGGUGACUAGGGAAAGGAGAGUUAAAGAAUGGAGAAGACCCUUGUGGUCCACAGCCUCAGAGACCUUUUUCUUCCAGGCUAGGACUGAUGGUCAGGUCAUUGAAGUGUCAGGUUGAAAACUGUAAGCUGGCCGGGUCUUGGGAAUAUGCUCACAUGCUCCCGACACCCCUACCCCAGCAUUCAUGGCUCUCAACCAGCCUUUGAAAAUAGAAGCACCUUCUUGCCAGGCCCUGGAGAACUUUCUCUGGCAUCUAUAGGGAGGCAAGAAGCUAAGGUAGCCUAGAGAAUGGCUUCCCAGCCUCAGUCAAGCCUUGGUCCUCUCAGACUGGGUGCCCAGGUCCCUGGGCUGGUAAGGAGAAGGUGGCCUGGCGUGGAUAGGUGCAUUGUGGACUGGCCACAAAUAGAAGAGGGAUCCUUGCACUUGGUAUCUGGACUGAACCUUGAAGAUGGUCUAGGUCAGUGGGUCUUAACUUUCUUAAUGCUGUGACCCUUCAAUAAAGUUCCUCAU